AUGAUCAUUUCCAAGGAGAACCGCCGCACCAUCUACUCGUCCCUCUUCAAGGAGGGCGUCAUGGUUGCCCCCAAGAACUACGAGGUCAAGCACCCCGAGCUCGACCUGCCCAACCUCGAGGUUGUCAAGGCCAUGCAGAGCCUUACCUCCAAGGGCUACGUCCACACCCAGUUCUCGUGGCAGUGGUACUUCUACACCCUCACUGACGAGGGUCUCGAGUACCUCCGCGAGUUCCUCCACCUCCCCGCCGAGAUUGUCCCGGCCACCCACAAGCGCCCCGCCCGCCCUGCUCGUGCCCCCAUCGGUCGCGAGGGUGGUGCUUACCGCGCUCCCCGUGGUGACCGCGAGGGCGGUGACCGCGAGUACCGCCGCCGCGACGGUGGUGACGACAAGAAGGAGGGCGCUGCCCCCUCCGGCUACCGCCCCCGCUACACCGGCGUUGGCCGUGGCGCUCCCCGCGAGUAA